AUGGUACAUUUAUCGUUGAUCGCUGUGUUUCUAUUAUUUCUCUAUGUUCAUACUACGGAUGCAGAAAAAUCAAUAGCUGCUAAAGGAACUCUAAAAUGUGGUGGUUAUCCAGCAGGGCAAAUUCUCGUACGAUUAUGGGCUGUUGAUGAAGACGGCAAGGGGCAGCUUCUCGAACAAACUCAUUCCGACGAUGCUGGACAAUUCAACAUGGUUGGACGUAGCAAGUCAGGCAACAACUGGAGACCAGUCUUAAAUGUGUAUCAUGACUGUGACGACGCAAAAAAUCCUGGACGUCGCAAGUUGAAUUUUCUCCUGCCUAAAAAAUAUGUAACCGAAGGCAAAACACCAGCGAAUAUUUUUGAUUUGGGCACCUGGAACUUAGAAACAUCGAUAACUGAGGAUGAAGAACGUGUCGACCUAAUAACAAGGCGAAGACGAAGAGAUCAAAGAAAAUCACCUGAACGCAACAAUACACUUGAUCGUUACGAAAAUCCAGAUGAGAGAGUGGAUCCAUGGUGA